CCGCUCCCGGCAGGAGUUGCGCAUCGGCCCCGCGCACCUUCCCAAGAUGGCGGCCGGGACAGCAGAGACAACACCGCGUCUCCCCGAACUGCUGGAAUCGGGCUGGCGGCUCCUGGAGGAGGUGGAAGCCAGUACCGAGCCCUCCUCUGGGGCUCCGGCGCUCCAGGACAAGGUCCGGCGGGGGCUCGACCUCCUGCAGCAGGCAGCCCGCGGCGUAGCGCAGCUCGACCUCUUCAGCCAAAAUGAAGACUUGGAGGAGAUUGCAUCUGCUGACCUGAAGUAUCUGCUGUUACCUGCUUUGUUGGGAGCCCUCACCAUGAAACAGGUCAAUCUCAGCAAGCGUCUGGAGCACUUGCAGAGUGCUCGUGCCCACUUCCUGGACUUCCUGAAGCUCUGUAAGAACUACCAGAUUGGCAAGUUCCACCUUCCACCAACGCCAGAGAGUCCUAAUGAAAAUGAGCCUACAGAGAGUACUUCCGGGGCUGGCCCAGCUGGCAGACAGUCCAGUCUGGUGGCCAUGGCAUCUAGUAGACAAGCAAAAAUUGAAAGAUUCUGUUCAAGGGCAAGCUGCAGUCUAAUCUGGGAAGUUGCCUUGAUGUCAGGAGUGAGGAAUCAUGUUGACUUCGAUAAAGACAAGCAUAGUUCACACAGGCUGGGCAAGAUUUUCUUAUGUGGAUUCACCAGUACACCUCCAUUCAGAUACAAGCAGAAGAAGGAGGUGGAGAAUAGAUUGGCCUCUGUGAAAUCUUAUUUGGAGAGUGGCCAGGCAGAGGAGGAACAGAUACGGGAAUUCUACAUGCUGCAAAUCCAGAGGUGGAUCACAACAAGCCUGGAGGAAAUAGAGAGCAUUGACCAGGAAAUGGUGAUUUUGAGAGGAAGGAAUGCACUAAAACAGGCUUUAGCACCUCCUCAGACUUCUCAACGUCCCAGGACUGCAAUGAAACCUUUCAUUCUCACCCGAGACGCUAUGCAGGCUAAGGUGUUAGGAGCUGGCUAUCCUAGCCUUGCAACGAUGACAGUAAAUGAUUGGUACGAACAGCGCUGUAAACAGGGCAUCAUGCCCGACAAAGGCAAACCCCUGACAACAGCAGCAGAUCUUUCUGAAGAGGAGCUGCAGAAAGAGCAGCAGGAGAAGAAGGUGGAAGAGGAUGAUGAGGAAACUCUACAGAAAACUCGAGCCUGGGAAGACUGGAAAGACACACACCCAAAGGGAUAUGGGAACCGAAAGAACAUGGGCUGACUGUUGAAGGGAUAAGUAGGGCAGGAGAGUCUCAACUGAGUGCACUCCAUGAUAUAGCGGGAGUAUAUAGCUGUACAUAUGCAGGGUGGUCCUUGGUUCUGCUGGGGGCUCACCUGUGGAAGGGGAGUGAACAGGACAUUUUGUCUUGAUUUACGUUAAAUAUCAGAGAGUGCACUUGUAUAGAGUGAUGAUAUGGCAAAGCUUCAUCAAGUGGGAGGCCUUUACUUGAGGGUUGAGAGCAAAACUUCCCUGAUCCUCCUAAAGUCCUAUUCAUUUGAAAGUGGCUCUUUGUAUUGUUGAUGGCUGUAUUUAUUUUUCUCUAUUUUUAAAAGAAUAAAUUUUCUUGUGCUGCUUAA